AGCGCGCGCGAGCAGCGUGGGCGCAAAGCUCAGCACGAUGAGGCCGUCGGUGGGUAUCCAGCUGCACUGGAAGUCGUACCUGUCGGACCUGCGCUCACUGCUGCAGCGCCUGCGCCAGUCCGAGGAGCUCACAGAUGUGGUGCUCACCAACGGCACGACCAGCAUGCGCUGCCACCGCGUCAUCCUCUCCGCCGCCUGCCAGACCUUCCACGACCUGCUCAAGGAGCACAGCGGUGACGUGGUGAUCUGCCUGGGCGGAGUGGAGAGCGCCGAACUCCGCUCGCUCGUCGACUACAUGUACUCGGGAGAGGUGGAGGUGGCACGCGGUCGGCUGGCGGAGUUUCUGGCGCUGGCCGCACAGUGGGGCGUCAGGGGACUGGAGGAGAGUCCGCCGGACGACGCACAUACACAGAGGGUUCCCGACUCGCUGAGCUCACCCCCUGCUCGGGCAGUAACGGGCGGCCGGCCCCACCUGCUGGAAAUCAACUCAUCCCCCGCAUCUUUAAACAACACCGCUCGGCGGAGCGAGGCGACCUCUGCCGACUCCACGUCCAAACGGAAGGGCCGAGAGUCGGACUGUAGCCCCGCGGACGGCGGCCGCGGCUCCUCCGCAGUGGCGGGCCCGUCGUCGUCCCACCCGCGCGUCCGACAGCCCUCCUCGGACUCCGAGACCAGCUCAGACGAGGACGAGGACUCCCAGACGACGUCCGGAAUCAACAGCGCUGUUUUAUCAGCUAUCCGUCCAGACAGCGCGAGCAAAUCAAACGCUUCAUCGGCACAGCAGCCGCCGGGAAAGGCGAGCAAGCCCAGUUCGUCGACUCCCACCUCUGCGAGCAAAACCAAGUCACACAAGGCGACCAAGAAGUCAGCUCGGGACGCAACCGGCGUGCUCCCCAAAAUGUUCGCCUGUCCACAUUGUCCGCGGGUGUUUAUCAAAGGAUACUUCUUCGAGGCGCACAUGAAGAACCAGCACAAUGACGAUACGGCGCCGGAGGAGCACCGUCUGCGCGUCACAGCCGGUUCCAGUCGCGUGGUGCAGAUGGCCAGCGGCCUCGUCUCAAUCGACCUGCCGCCGCUCACCAAGAAGAAGAGAAAGAAACAGCAAAGCGACGCUGAGGAGACGCCAAAGAAAAAGAAGAAAGCUGCAGUUGUGGGGAAACCCAGGAAGAAAAAGCGUGGCCGGACGGCGGAGGACCGGGCGGCCGAGGCGGCGGCGGUGGUGGCGGCUGCCGACGCCGCUGUCAAGGCAGCGCUGGAGCGGGCGGCGCAGGCGUCCCGGGAGGCUGGCCCCUCGGAGUCGCCGUCCGCGCGCGGCCCGCGAGCCAGCGAGGUGAUGGCGGCUCCGUCCAAACGCGCCCGGCCCACCUCAGCGAGCAGCAGCAGUGAGUCCGACUCCGACGGCGGCUCGCCAGCGGAGGUGUUCAAAGCCGGGGCGCGGCCGGCGGCGGCUGAAUCGACACCGGCCGCCACGUCGUCGCCCGUUGCUUCGAUACCACUACCACCACUGCCGUCAGAACCACCUCCAUCGCCACAGACAGCACCGCCUCCCCCACCGCCAGUGCCACCACCGGCGCCGCCACCGCCGGCGGCGACGGUGAUGAGGGCGGUCUCGCUACCUCCGCGACCUCGGGACAGUAGAUCGCUGCCACCACCUACCUCAAGACCUCCCUGGUCCGCGGGGGUCUCGGCCGGCUCCGGCGGCUCCAACUCACCCAGGCCGUCUCGGAUUGUGUUCGACGAGGACGGACAGCCUUGCGCGCCCACUCCGGCUCCGCCCGAACCUCAGGACGUCAAACCAGUGAUAGUGUCCGUGGAGGGUGGGGAGCAGGGAAACCGCACCAGGAUUGUGUUCGAUCAGGAGGGCCGGUCGCGGCCGGCUGCGCCGCCACCUCCGCCAGUAGGUAUUGCCACACACGUGCGGCGGGAUUCGAGCAGCUCGGACCGAGCGCGCGACGGCCAUCGCCGAGACGGUGAUGGGAGCUCGGACAGGAACGAAGACCGAAACAGAGAUAAAGAGCGUGAUAGAGAACGGGAGCGAGAGAAAGAAAGGGACAAAGAACGAGAUCGGGAACGGGAGCGAAGCAAAGAACGAGAUCGAGAAAGAGAGAGGAUCAGGGAACGAGAGCGAGAAAGAGAAAAGGACAGAGAACGAGAGCGAGACCGGCUUCCAAAGAACGGUAAAGACCAGGACAGAAGAUCGGGCGAACGCGGGCGUGGCAGAGGUGGGCCGCGCGGUGGGGGUCCCGGCGGAGCCCCAAAACCUAUGACAGACCGAACUCCAUUCAUAGUGGACCGUCAGGGCUGCCAUGAUCGGCACGGGCCCGUCAUGCACGAGCCGUGGCCGGCGCGUGGCGAUAUGGGCCCGAUGGCGCCACAUCACUGGCAAGGAAGCCCCCCAAUGGAGCGGGGCCGCUGGGGUCGGGGUAGGGGUGACCGGGGUCACGGCUGGGGACCCCGCGGUAAGGGUCACCGCCAGAGGGGCAGGAUGUAGCAGCGUGGCUGCCUGACAUGUGUUUCGUUACGAGUGCGGGUGUUUCGAGUUUAUGGUGGUCGUUUUAAGAGUUGUGCGGCGGUGUAUUUGACCCCUUUGCCCGGUGUUCUCCUUUGAUGAUAGAUGGACUUCCUGAUCAACGAUCUGGUGGAAGCGCAUCUCCACCUAAGUGGUUUGUUGGACGCCGUUCGGUGCGGGCGACUGCUGCGGUGCCGAAUUUGGGGUGCCUUGGUCCGGUGUAGUUGUGAUUCCGUCUUAUCCAGGACCACGCGCGUGACAAUUGCAGGCUGUGUCGGCUCGAUACUGCCUUAAUGUGUUGCUCAGCCAUAGGCCGCAGCCAGCGGCGAGUAUCAGGGAUCAUUGCAUUCUCUGGAGAGGCGUCAUGUUUCAAUACAUCAUCUACGUCUGACA